AUGGCUGCAGACUCUGCUUAUGCCAACUUCCCCGGCAAGACCUCUGCCACGCCAGGCGAAGAAUUUGAAGUCCGUCAAACUUCAACUUCGGAGGACUACCAUCCGGAUCCCUCCAAGUCAAUUCCUCUCUCGCCUGCUCGUCAGGCCUUGAUUGAAGACAUUGUGGCCCUUUACUCUAUGGAACCCACCAUUGACCGCGUGAAGCGUUAUACGCCAGACUGCGUGUAUGACGACCAGUUCGUCUACGCCAACGACCGAUAUAAGAUGGCUGGGCAGUGGUUUGCCUUGCCUAAGCUUUUCAGCGCCAGCAAAAACGAGGGUUAUGAAAUUGUUAAGAAUGAUCGCGAUCUGAUCCAGUUCAAAAACGAGCAGAGCUGGACAUUCAAACUGAUCCCGAAAACGGCGACAAUCAAUGCUCUCGUUAGCCUGAGUUUGGAUCCCGACACUGUCGACAGCGACUUUAUCCAGAUUAAGUACCACAAGGACCAAGCGAAUGAUAAGGAUUACAGUCACGAAGGAGUGGGGUUCUCAUUCAAGAAAUGGCAAGCCGACAAUGUUGCCAAACACAUGCACAGCAAGGAGGUCGAAGUGUUCAUCGCAGAUAAGGAUGCCAGCAAGAACAAGGUCAAGAGGUACGGGACUGGUGAUGCGAAUGGAGAUGCGCCUACCAAGACCUUCUGA